GAAAUCUUCACUCCCACCCUAGGGUUUCCAGCUUCCUGGAACGCCGCCGCCACCAUCGUCUUAGCUAGUCCUUAGAUCUGUCAUUCUCCAUCGUUUUCGCCACCAUCACUCCUCCCGUUGUCGUCGCCUCUCCUUCGCCUAGCUUCUUCGAUCGCCACCCUCCAUUAAUCGGCUCCUCUCCUCCUUCACCGAACUUCCUGGAUCGAAGAAGUAGUUGUCUGGAUAGGAAUGAAAAAGGCUAUUCAAGGAGUCCAUGAAAUAAUAGAGUUAACUACUCGCAAGGAGACAACUGAAAGUGAGGUGAUGCAAUCCCUGGAAGCAGUGAGGAAGGAGUUUAACUCGUCCAAAACAAAGAUAAAAGCUUACGUUCAACUCCUGCAUUCGGUGGAGGCAUCAACGUCCAAACAUAUACGCUCUUCAGAUUCCGAAGAUUGCGACUCCCCCUAGCUUUCCAUGUACGGUGAUGCGUGUUUAAGAUUGUGUUCUAGUCGACGUUUUCUCCCAUUGAAUAAGAACAAAUGUACUUAGUACUUACAGUACUACUUAUUGAUAUAUCAUGGUCUCUUAGAGAAUGCUCGUGUUGAAUUUCAAGUUAAGAACAUAAUACCUUUUUUUUAAAUAUAUACGUGAUACUCCG